AUGGAUGGCCGAGACUUCGGACCCCAGCGGUCCGUGCACGGCCCCCCGCCUCCGCUGUUGUCCGGCUUGGCCAUGGACGGUCACCGCGUGGGCGCGGCCACCGCCGGACGUUUGCCCGCGUCGGGUCUGCCGGGCCCGCUGCCGCCCGGGAAGUACAUGGCCGGCCUUAACCUUCACCCGCACCCGGGUGAAGCCCUCUUGGGCAGUUUUGUGGCCAGCGGGAUGGGGCCCUCGGCCUCAUCCCAGGGGAGCCCAGUGUCCCUGCCCUCUGACCUCUCCUUCCGCUCCCCCACCCCCAGCAACCUUUCCAUGGUGCACCUGUGGGCCACCCACGCCCAUGAAGGCUUUGCGCACCUGCCCAGCAGCCUGUACCCAUCUUACCUCCACCUGAACCACCUGGAGCCUCCCAGCAGCGGGAGCCCCCUCCUCAGCCAGCUGGGCCAGCCCAGCAUUUUCGAUACCCAGAAAGAUGGCUUCUACCUGCCAGCCCCGGGGGCCCCAGGCGCCCUGCACUCGCACGCGGCGUCCUCCAGGACCCCCAGCGGCCCCGCAGCAGCCAAGAGCUCCGCGCGGGAUGCGGCCAGCAAGGAGCGCGCUGGCCGGGGCAGCGGCGGCAGCGGUGGGGAGCCGCCCCCACUGUUCGGCAAGAAGGAUACUCGGGUGCGGGAAGAGGUGGCUGGGCCUCGGGGCGUGGUAGACCUGACCCAGGAGGCGAGGGCGGAGGGGCGGCAGGACCGCGGCCCCCCGCGCCUGGCCGACCGCCUCAUCGCCGUGGCCGUGGCCCGCCAGAAGGACAGCGGGGGCGGCGGCCGCCUGGGGCCCGGGCUGGGGGACCAGGAGCGGCCCUUGUCACUGAGCAGCGGCAAAGGGCACAGCCGGGCGGAGGAAGGCUGCGUGGACGAACGUUCCAGACACCGGGAGGAGCGGCUGCUCGGGGGCCGGCUGGAUCGGGAGCAGGAGAAGCUGCUCCGGGAGAGCAAGGAGCUGGCUGACCUUGCCCGCCUGCACCCCACCAGCUGCGCCCCCAACGGCUUGAACCCCAACCUCAUGGUGACUGGCGGCCCUACACUGGCGGGCUCGGGGCGCUGGUCGGCGGACCCCGCGGCUCACCUGGCUUCACACCCCUGGCUGCCCAGGUCCGGAGGUUCGUCCAUGUGGCUGGCAGGGCAUCCGUACGGCCUGGGCCCCCCACCUCUGCACCAGGGUGUGUCCCCUGCCUUCCCGCCCAGCUUGGGAGGCUCCCUGCCCUCUACCUACCAGUUUGUCCGGGACCCCCAGUCCGGCCAGCUGGUGGUCAUCCCCAGCGACCACCUGCCUCAUUUUGCGGAGCUGAUGGAGCGGGCCGCGGUGCCCCCGCUGUGGCCGGCGCUGUACCCGCCGGGCCGUGCCCCCCUGCACCACGCGCAGCAGCUGCAGCUCUUCUCACAGCAGCACUUCCUGCGGCAGCAAGAGUUCCUGUACCUGCAGCAGCAGGCCGCCCAGGCCCUGGAGCUGCAGCGCAGCGCCCAGCUGGUGCAGGAGCGGCUGAAGACCCAGGAGCAGCGGGCUGACAUGGAGGAGAAGGUGGCCAAGCGGAGCCUAGAGGCCACAGCCAAGGCUGGCCUGUCCGCCUCGGGGCCCGGGCUGCUGCCCCGCAAGCCACCGGGCUUGGGCGCUGGGCCCGCGGGGACCUACGGCAAGGCCGUGAGCCCCCCACCCUCACCCCGCGCCUCGUCCGUGGCCGCGCUGAAGGCCAAGGUCACCCAGAAGCUGGAAGGCGUGGCCUCGAAGCCCCCGCCCUACGCCUACCCCGCCACGCCCAGCACCCACCCCAGCAGCCCCCCGCCCGCCUCCCCGCCGCCCAACCCUGGCCUGCCCCGGAAGGAGGAGGCCCCAGAGAACGUCGUGGAGAAGAAAGAUCUGGAACUGGAGAAGGAAGCGCCCAGCCCCUUCCAGAGCUUAUUCUCAGAAAUCCCCCCCAGGUACCCGUUCCAGGCCCUGCCUCCGCACUACGGGCGCCCGUACCCCUUCCUACUGCAGCCCACCACGGCUGCCGAUGCCGAUGGCCUGGCCCCUGAUGUGCCGCUGCCUGCCGACAGCCCCGAGCACCUGGCGCUGUCCCCGGAGGACAAACCCAUCCGCCUGUCCCCCAAGAUCCCCGAGCCGCUGGCCGAGGGCCACGAGGAACCGCAGCUGGCCCCGCGGGAGGUGAAGGCCGAGGUGGAGGAUGAGGAUCAGGGGCCCCCGGAGCUGCCUCCCAUGGAGUCGCCGCUGGCCCUGCCCGUCCCCGACAGCAUGGCGGCCUCCAGCCCUGCGGGCGGCUGUGGAGGCAGCUUGUUGGAGGCCCAGGUGUUGAGGCCCACCGCGGAGCGGGCGGAGGACUCGGAGCUCACGGAAGGGGUAGAAGCACAGGUGGAGAUGCAGGGCCGGACAGAAGACCUGGAGCUGGGGACCCUGAGCCCCGAGCCCCUGGUGGAGACAAAGGAGGAGCCGGUGGAGGUGCCCCUGGGCGUGCCUGUAGGCCGCCCCGUCGCGGAGGCCGGCCCGGAAGGAAGCCUGGUGCAGCCGGCUCUCAGUCAGCCCCAGCCCAGCCCGGAACUGCCCGUCGGAGAGGGCCAGUGUUCUAACCUGGAGACCCAGGAGGCCGUCCCUGGGCCCGGCCGGGCCUGCUACCUGGAAGAGACUAGCCUGGGCCAUGAGGACCCCCUGGCUGGCAUGAACGCCCUGGCAGCGGCGGCAGAGCUGCCCCAGGCCCGGCCUCUGCCCUCCCUGGCCACUGGAGUUGAGGCUGUGGAGAAGCUGGACACAACUCAGAACUUGGCCUUGGAGCAGAGCUUCCUGCAAGGCAUCACGCUGCUGAGUGAGAUUGCAGAGCUGGAGCUGGAGAGGAGGAGCCGGGAGGCUGGAGGCACUGAGGUGGGCCUUCCCGUGCGGCCCUCCCUGGAGAGCCUCCUGGCCGCCAGCAGCCACAUGCUGAAGGAGGUGCUGGACAGCCCCUUUGUGGACCCGCUCAAGAACUUGAGGCUUCCGCGGGAGCUGAACCCCAACAAGAAGUACAGCUGGAUGCAGAGGAAAGAGGAGCGGAUGUACGCCAUGAAGUCCUCCCUUGAGGACAUGGACGCCCUGGAGCUGGACUUCCGGAUGCGGCUGGCUGAGGUCCAGAGGCAAUACAAAGAGAAGCAGCGGGAGCUGGUGAAGCUCCAGCGACGCCGGGACUCAGGGGACAGGCACGAGGAUUCCCAUAGGAGCCUGGCACGCAGAGGCCCUGGCAGGCCACGGAAACGGACCCACACCCCGAGCGCCCUGUCGCCCCCCUGCAAGAGAGGGAGGAGCCACAGCAGUAGCAGAAAGUUGAGCAGCAAAUCCUUGCUGACGGCAGAUGACUACGAGCUGGGAGCAGGGAUAAGGAAGAGGCACAAGGGGUCUGAGGAGGAGCAUGAUGUUCUCAUGGCGAUGGGAAGAGCCCGGGGGAGGAACCAGAGCUGGGAAGAGCAUGAAGCCUCCUCUGACUUUCUGAGUCAGCUGAAGAUUAAGAAGAAGAAGAUGGCAAGUGACCAGGAACAACUGGCAAGCAAGCUAGACAAGGCCCUCUCCCUCACAAAGCAGGACAAGUUGAAGUCGCCCUUCAAGUUUUCGGACCCCUCUGGGGGGAAAUCAAAAAGCAAUGGGGGCUGCAGCAGGUUCUUGACCCCUUAUGACAGCCUGCUGGGCAAGGACAGGAAGGCUCUGGCCAAAGGCUUGGGCCUGUCUUUGAAAUCCUCCAGAGAAGGGAAACACAAAAGGGCCGCCAAAGCCAGGAAGAUGGAGGUGGGGUUCAAGGUCAGAGGCCAGCCCAAGUCAGCCCAUUCCCCGUUCGCCUCAGAAGUGAGCAGCUACUCUUACAAUACGGACUCUGAGGAAGAGGAUGACUUCCUGAAGGAUGAGUGGUCUGCUCAAGGCCCCUCCAGCUCCAAACUGACCUCCUCCCUCCUGUGCGGCAUGGUGGCCAAGAACAGCAAGCCAGUGGCAGGCCCCAAGCUGGCCAAGAGGGGCCUAGCAGCCCCCCGAACUCUGAAAGCCAAGGCAGGUGCUGGCAGAAAGCAGCCUUUCUGCCUACUGCUUCGAGAAGCCGAGGCCCGCUCCUCCUUCAGCGACUCUUCGGAGAACUCCUUUGACCAAGAUGAGAGUUCAGAAGAGGACGACGAUGAGGAGGAGCUGGAGGAGGAGGAAGAGGAGGAGGAGGAGGAAACUGGCAGUGGUGGCUAUAGGCUAGGCUCCCGAGAGCGGGCUCUGUCGCCAGGCCUGGAGGAGAGUGGGCUGGGUUUGCUUGCCCGUUUUGCAGCCAGUGCCCUUCCCAGCCCCACAGUGGGGCCAGCCCUGUCAGUGGUCCAGCUGGAGGCCAAGCAAAAGGCCCGCAAGAAGGAGGAGCGACAGACUCUAAUGGGCACGGAGUUUGAGUACACGGACUCAGAGAGCGAGGUCAAGGUGCGCAGACAGUCGCCUGCAGGGGUGCUGCGGCCCAAGAAGGGGCUGGGGGAGCCGGGCCCCCCUCUAGCCACACCCACCACUAGUGCCCGCGGCCCCGGCCCCGCCAGCCCAGACAAGACCAAGCUGGCCCCAGAGAAGGGGCGCAAGGCCCGCAAGCUGCGGGGCCCCAAGGAGCCAGGCUUCGAGGCCGGGCCCGAGGCCAGCGACGACGACCUGUGGACACGGCGGCGCAGUGAGCGCAUCUUCCUGCACGACGCCAGCGCAGCGGCCCCCGCACCCAGCAGCGCACCUGCACCCAGGGCCGCCCGCGCCAAGGCCAGCGCACCCAGCCCACGCAAGGACGCAGGCCGGGCCAAGGACAGGAAGGACCCUCGGAAGAAGAAGAAAGGCAAAGAGGCCGGGCCAGCCGCCUCCCUGCCAGCCCCCCGGGUUCCUGCCCUGCCUCCCGAGGCCAGAGCCCCACACGCUGGGGCCUUGGUGACCGCCAGGAGAAGCAAGGCCAAGCCCAAGGGGAAGGAGACCAAGAAGGAGAACCGGGGCAAAGGCGGGGCCGUGAGCAAGCUGAUGGAGUGCAUGGCCGCCGAGGAGGACUUUGAACCCAACCAGGACUCGAGCUUCUCUGAGGAUGAACACUUGCCACAUGGUGGGGCUGUGGAGCGGCCCCUGACUCCAGGGUUGCUGGACCUGGAAGAUGACGGAGACCUGAUCACCGUGGAGUUUGAUGACGGAGACACGGGCAGGAUCCCACUCUCCCACAUCCGCCUCCUGCCGCCAGACUACAAGAUCCAGUGUGCGGAGCCCUCCCCUGCCCUUCUGGUGCCCAGCGCCAAGCGCCGCAGCCGCAAAACCAGCAAGGACACCAGGGAGGCCAAAGAGGGCGCCGGGACGGGCUCGGAGGAGCCAGGAGCUAAGGCGCGAGGGCGCGGGCGGAAACCCAGUGCCAAGGCCAAGAGUGACAGAGCGGCUGCCCUGGAGGAGGGGACUCCCAAGGAGGAAGGCCCCAGCACCCCCUUGGCCCUGGAGCCAAUCAACACCCCAAGCUCCAAGAAGAGUGCCCCAGAACCUGUGGACAAGCGGGCCAAGGCCCCGAAGGCUCGCCCACCACCUCCGCAGCCCAGCCCUGCUCCGCCCACCUUUGCCAGUUGCCCAGCUCCUGAGCCCUUUGGAGAGCUGCCGGCACCUGCCGCAGCCCUGGCCCCGGCUCCGCUGGUUACCAUGCCCGCCACCCGCCCAAAGCCCAAAAAGACUCGCGCUACCGAGGAGUCGGGCACCAAGGGCCCCCGGAGGCCAGGGGAGGAGGCCAAGCUGCUCGUCAAACUGGACCACGAGGGGGUCACGUCCCCUAAAAGCAAGAAGGCCAAAGAGGCCCUGCUUCUGCGGGAAGACCCGGGGUCUGGGGCCUGGCAGGAGCCCAAGGGCCUGCUAAGCCUGGCCAGCUAUACCCCAGCAGCAGGCAGUGGAGAGCCCAAGGCGGCCUGGCCCAAAGCCCUGGAGGGGGACCUCACCCAAGAGCCCGGGCCAGGGCUCCCCCUGGAGGACCCUCAGACUCCCAAGAGCCCAGACAAGACCCAGGCUGAGCAGGAUGGGGCUGAGGAGUCAGAGACAAACAGCAGCAGCAGCAGCAGCAGCAGUAGCAGCAGCAGCAGCAGCGGCAGCAGCUCAGAGACAGAGGGCGAAGAGGAUGGAGACAAAACUGGGGAGGAGGGCCGGGGCGCCGGGGGCCGGCACUGCAGCGCAUCCAGCUCCAGAGCCUCCUCCCCAGCCUCGUCCUCCUCCUCGUCCUCAUCUUCAUCUUCUUCCUCCUCCUCCUCUUCAUCCUCCUCUUCCUCUUCCUCUUCUUCCUCCUCCUCCUCUUCCUCCUCCUCUUCGUCCUCUUCGUCGUCCUCCUCCUCCUCUUCCUCUUCCUCCUCCACCACAGACGAGGACUCAUCCUGCAGCUCAGAUGACGAGGCGGCGCCUGUGCCCUCAGCCAGCCCCUCCACCCCGCCCACCCUGCCCACCAAGGUGGCCAAGCCAGCCAACAAGGCCCGCUCUUCGGCCCACUCCCCGGGCAAGAAGGCACCUGCUGCCCAGCCCCCCGUCCCACCACCCCAGCCCUCGCCACCCAAGGCCCAGGCUGGGGCUGGGGCCAAGAGCCGACCCAAGAAGAGAGAGGGCGUCCACCUGCCCACCACCAAGGAGCUGGCCAAGCGCCAGCGCCUGCCAUCUGUAGAGAACAGGCCCAAGAUUGCCGCCUUCUUACCCGCCCGGCAGCUCUGGAAGUGGUUCGGCAAGCCCACCCAGCGGCGCGGCAUGAAGGGCAAGGCCCGCAAGCUGUUCUACAAGGCCAUCGUCCGUGGCAAGGAGAUGAUCCGCAUCGGGGACUGUGCUGUGUUCCUGUCAGCCGGCCGGCCCAACCUGCCCUACAUCGGCCGCAUCCAGAGCAUGUGGGAGUCAUGGGGCAACAACAUGGUGGUUCGUGUCAAGUGGUUCUACCACCCUGAGGAGACCAGCCCAGGCAAGCAGUUCCACGAGGGCCAGCACUGGGACCAGAAGUCUAGCCGCAGCCUCCCCACGGCCUUGCGGGCCUCCAGCCAGAGGAAGGACUUCAUGGAGCGCGCCCUGUACCAGUCCUCACACGUGGACGAGAACGACGUGCAGACGGUGUCGCACAAGUGCCUAGUGGUGGGCCUGGAGCAGUAUGAGCAGAUGGUCAAGACCAAGAAGUACCAGGACGGCGAGGGCCUGUACUACCUGGCGGGCACCUAUGAGCCCACCACCGGCAUGAUCUUCUCCACGGACGGCGUGCCCGUGCUCUGCUGAGCAUGCCCGGCCCUGCCGUGCACACCCGACCAGGUGUGCAUGUGGACGCCCGGCGAGUGUGUACAUGUGUGUGCCCGUAUGCAUGCACGCGUGUGCACAUGUGCACACGACCCCUCGGCGCCCCCAUGGGGUUAGGUAUGGCUCGGGGUGGCCCUGGCCAGGACAGGUCCUGGCUUCCCUUGGGCACCCUGUUCACACUUGGCGGGACCCCACCCCUACUCCCUUACCCCUCCACCCCUGCCUGUGCAGACUGACGUGGUGGGGGGCAGACUUCUGAGGAAUUGAAC